CUAACACUCUUUCGCGACUGUUGCUGAUACGCUCAGAGCUGCGCACUGAAUCGACAUGCCGCAGCUCUUCCACGUCGCACUGGCGACAGCCGUCCAUUCACGUAAACGAGAUCUUAAAAGGGUCCCCAGGUCUGCCGAUUCCGCAGUAAACAAGCAAUGGGCCACGCUCCUUUCAGCCGCCGCUGCCAUCUGUGGGCUGAUUAUGUGGAUGGUGUCUGCUGAGGUUGCUCGGCAUCGCACACACGAUGUCAUUGCGGGCUUCGGCGUCACGCUUCACUCCGACCCCUGGCCCAUGUUUGCGCACAUCCCGGUGGCCGUGGCCCUGGUCCCCGUGCUGGUCCUGCUCCUGCGUGUGGCCAUCUGGCGCUCUCACAUCCAAGCCAACCUCAACGCUGGCGGCGCUCACGAGCAUCGUGCACAGCUGGGCCUCGCGGAAGUUCGCCGUCGGAUGGUGCGCAAGCCAUACCCAGACAACCUCGCCGGCAUGAGUGCGGGCCUGGCGCAGCUGCUCACCGCUGCCUCAUCAGGCACCGCCUCGGCCACUUCCGCUGCCGCCGCCUCGAGCAACGACCUUGCCUCCUUCCUGGCUUCCUCCUCCGAGUCUGGCAAUGGUGGCAGCGGCAGCUGGACCCCUGGCGGCGGCUGGGCUCCCGGUGCCAAGUGGGGCCCCAGCACGUGCCCGCCCAACUGCCUGGACCUGUCUGCCUUCAAGUCCUACUUCGGCCCUCACGUGUGCUGCUGCAACGCGAUUGGCGGCGUGUUUGCUGCCGAGCCGCACGCCGCCGCCGCGCUGCAGGCGCUCAUCCCCGCGCUGGUGGGCCUGGCGCUGCUGUGGGCGGCCCUGUCGUGGCUGCUGCUGGCCGCCGCCGCGCAGUUCGCACACAGCGAGAGCGAGCUGCUCACAAUCACGCCCGCCACUGCCGCGGCCGCGGCCGCCGCCGGCGAGCCCGGCAACCUGCCGCCGGUGCACGGGCUUGCCGGCUUGCUGGCACGCCACUGGUUGGGCGGUUGCCGCAGCGGUCCCGACGCCAGGACUUCAUCCGGCAAGCCCCGGCGCGUGGGCGACGUCACUGAGCCGCUGCUUGCGGGCGCGGAUUGCGGCACCGCUGCCAUGCCGAUCGUGUCGGGCGCGGGCGUCGUGCCGCAGGUCGGGACCACGCUGGUGGCCGGCAGUUCGCAGGGCUUGCCGUUCCUGCCCCGCUGCCCUAGCGAGACCUGUGUGUGCUAAAGGGCGGCGGACCGACUGAACAGCAAGGUGGUGGCAGCUCAAAGCUGUGGUUUGUGUGUGGGGAGCUGCUGAACUGGAGUCGUGUAAGACUGGUUGAGGGACACCUGCAACGGCAAAUUGCUGUGUGCUCAGUUGCCUAAGCACUGUCAUCAUUACACACCGUGCCGCGCGCUUACUAUCAAGGACGGUGCAAGUAAGAGGCUAGAUGUCUCCCCGAUGUUUAGCAUGACAAUAAGGUUGCUGAGGGGAAGUGCCGGGCGAGCGGAACUCCAGGAGACAGGGCCCUCCGGCUGCGGGUUGCACAUGCACGAUGGGCACGAGCUGUGUCACGUGGCUUGUCCGCAAAAAGGACAUGCCGGAUGGCAAACUUAGCCCCUGCGCCCAGCUAUCAGUGCCGACUGAUCGUGGCCUGCAUCGAUGUUUGUUGUAGUCGAUAUCAGGGGGGGGGCUCUCCUGGUCGAUAUGCAAAUUAGC